GUAGUCCACACCUUUCCGGUAGAUCAGAGUAGCAUUGCAACUCGGCUGAAAAGGAGAGAUAGACGAAAGCGGUUUGGAAAUUACUAAUAGAGGGGGGAAACAGAAUAUAAUAUAUAUAUUUUGGGGAGAUUUGUGUAAAAGAUACACGGAACGGGGACAAGAAGGGAUUUUUAAAAAUUGAAUCAAUGACCUUAGUCGCCGGGACUUUAGGAGAACGGGCUCCUACGAACGAGUGUGUAGCCCAGCGUGACGUUUGAUGGAAUAGCUGCAGAACAUUGCCUUUCUCCUCCGGUGGUGUUGAUCGGAACAAGGACGAGAAGGGGGACCUCGAGACACAUUCACCAAGAGGAAGUAAGAAGUACCGCAGGUUUUUUGGAGGGCCUAUUCGACUUCCUUGCUCUAUCAACAGAUUCACUACCCCGCCCCCCUCCCGACCCUGAAAAGAAUAGAAAUCAAUAGUAUGAACAUUUUGUGACAGCUACAAUUAAGAAGUAACAAUAUACUUAGACGGCUUGUCAUACAAUUUACUUAUCUCACCUUUGGGUACACAUUUGAACUCGGAUGUCUCAAACUCUGAGAAAUAUGUUAUGAACAGCAAUACUACAAGUUAGCUAAUGAUUUGCCAGCAGGAAUAUUAUUGUUGCCAGUUUGAGACUCCUUUCUUUGGCCGACACAUUGUGAAGCAUUGAUAGACCCGCACAUGGCUCAGUUUGAGCUUCAUAUUUCACACCAUGUCCAUUUGUAAUUAGUUGCCUAGUUACGCCCGGUUAAGCAAAUAAAGUUAGCCUGCAUGGUUUUGACAUUAAGGAAGUAAAAAGGGAAAUAUUGAAGAAUCCAACAAUUUUUUUCAUUUGGAACGGAAUAUUUAUGCACUGUUUACAUGAUGGGGAAAAUGCUAUCGAAAAUCUUUGGCAACAAGGAGAUGAGAAUAUUGAUGCUUGGACUUGAUGCUGCUGGAAAGACCACCAUCCUUUACAAACUGAAACUUGGACAGUCAGUCACCACAAUUCCCACAGUUGGUUUCAACGUUGAGACUGUGACUUACAAAAACGUAAAAUUCAAUGUAUGGGACGUUGGAGGCCAAGAUAAGAUCCGUCCCCUGUGGCGACACUACUACACGGGCACACAAGGGUUAAUCUUUGUUGUGGAUUGCGCAGACAGAGAUCGCAUUGAUGAGGCCAGGCAGGAACUCCAUCGCAUCAUUAAUGACCGUGAGAUGAGGGACGCCAUCAUCUUGAUUUUUGCCAAUAAGCAAGACCUGCCCGAUGCCAUGAAACCACACGAAAUCCAAGAGAAACUAGGAUUGACCCGCAUUAGAGAUAGGAAUUGGUAUGUUCAGCCCUCCUGUGCGACCACGGGAGACGGACUAUAUGAGGGGUUGACAUGGCUAACAUCAAAUUACAAAUCCUAAUGAUUGAGUGAUUACUGUUUUAGAUUAAACUACAAAAAAGUCAAAUUGAGGCAAGUAACAUAACUUUACUUCUCAAAUAAAUAUAUAAUAAAGAGAAGUUUGAUCUCCAUUUAUUUUGAUUACUAUGAUGACCCUAUAACUAAUUUAUCUUCAUAAACUUGGUUUUCUGGCUUAUAGUUUGCUUCUACUUAGCUCUUGAGAACCCAAGGUGUCUUACAGCCGGUCCCGGUGUUGGGUUCUUAGCUGAUGGUAUGGAGGACAGCUGGCUCCAUGUGAACUACAAUCCAGACGCUCUGUUUUAACGUUUAGAAACUUUAAUAAUCCUUGCUUGCGAUACGGUUUUGGAAACCUUUAGUUGCAAACUUUCCCAUCAGGGUGAAAUAAUCAUUCAAAUACAAAUGAUGCAGUUUAGCAAAGUUGCACCUGGCAUUAUUAUUUUUUAAACGGCCCUCUGCUGAGGUAUGAAACUUCCUCCCCGGUUAAGGUAAAUUCACACUGCGGAAGCCAUGUAGCGUAGUGUUGCAAUGUCGUUUUUCGUCACAAAAGGGGCAGCUCCUUGUAAUAUGCUCCGGCAUUCAACGUACUUUUGUACUACUUGAACAUUUUGGAGAGCUGUACCAUUCCUUCCGCAACAUGGGGGCAGUGUUGCUGUAUGGUUCCUUGAUCUGAUCAAUGCUAUAUGCUGGGCUCUCCAACCCUGUUCCCGGAGAGCUACCCUCCUGUACAUUUUCACAUGGCGAUGUGAGAAGCUAAAAAGGCUAGCUAUGUUUUAAGUUAGGCUAACGCCAGCUAGCCAGGCUCCCAACUAGCUACUACUAGCAAGGGAAGGCGACUCUUCCUUGAUUUCACAAAAUUAAAUGACAAAAUAAAAAAUAAAUGCUGUCGCCCCCUUGUGAAUUAGAGUGGGACCGGUGAAGAUAUCAUUUUACCAACAGGGGUCCGCUGCUCCAAAAUUCACACGCACUUAGAUCAACGGAGUGAAGCUUGUAGUAACCUUUACGCGCCAUUGGAGACGUUUGGAGGGGAGGAAGUGUAGCCUGUUGGAGGCGGUGUUCUUGAAAAUACAGCCGGGUGCAACUUUCCUAAACUGCUUAGAGUAGUGUAUAUUUUGUAUUUGGGGGGGGUGGGGGGUUGCUUAUAUGUAAGUUAAGUUCCAAAUGUUUCCAACUGCAAGGCGUAUUUGAGUUUAGGCAAAGCAUUUGUGCAGUGUUGGCAUUGAGCCAAGUCCAUUGGCUCAAUGUAAUGCAGUGGAAUUGGAGUCAUGAAUAAGGGUUAGUUUCUACUCUGUAGCAAGCCUAAGUGAUAUUAUGUGGCUUGAUGAAUAUCAAUUAAAUGUGUUCAUAAUUCAAAGCUACAGAGAGGACCAACUUUGCCUAUUCUUUAUCACAUUUUUAUAUAUUUUCUAAUGGAGCUGGAUUUGUAUCUUUUCAUUAGGGCUCAGGCUUGGUUCAUGUAUGCUUUUAAAGAUACUGUUGGAUUGUGAGUAACAUAAGGGUCUGAUUCAUAGUUUUUCCUUUCAGAACUAAAGUCUGAUGUUUAGUCUAGCUUGUUUGGGACAACUACAACACCUUAUAUUACACAUGUUUUUAAUACAGAAAACAUUUAGCAAAUGUAGGUAUUUGUUUUAGAUUUGUAUUGACGAAAACACUGCAAGAUGUGAUUUAAAAUUUUCACCAUUGCAUACAUUUAAUUGUCAACAUUCUGGACAUUGUUGUGACAAAAUUAUGUUAGGAAAGACAUUGACUGUCCGAAUAGCCAUACUUGCAUUCAAAAUAGUAGGUAUUUUGGGUAUGCAAAAAUAUGGUUCAUAGUAUGUGCAAUGUCAAAAAUUGCGUAUGCUUUAAAUGCCAGGAUGUCAUACUCAUUUCGGCACUUCAUCUAGUAAAAUUCACUGCACACUAUUAAGGAAGAGAAUAGUUUUUCGAGACCCACAUGUGUUUGAUAACAGCUGAUAAUCAGAUAUGGUGAUGUGCUUUACCAAAAUAAACAAAUGGCAGGAAUCAAUGCAAUUUGAGCAUUAGAUUAUGCAUUCUCAGUAUGGAUGAGCCUAGUAUGUUAUUUGUUGCUAACUGUAUUCGAUUUUACUAAACAGUAUGUUCUAAAUAGUAUUUAGUACGAUUAGUACACAGUAUGCAGUUUUAGUAAGUAAAAAAACAAGACAGAUUUGGGACACAGCCAGAGUGUAGUGCUUAGACUCGUGCAACUGGGUUCCAGAUGGCAAGUGAUUCCCUAUAGUGGGCUAUAUUGUGAAUUAAUUGGCCUUUUUGUGUACUCAUAUUUUGAUCCCAGAUUGUGCUCAAGCAAACUGAAACAGGUCUCUGUUAACUCAAACAUGCUUUUCAGAAUGCAGCUUUUGUUCAUAGGGUAACAUUGAUGGUUAUAAAGCCAAUGGACUCAAUAUUUCCAAAGGAAUGUCAUUCAGCUCUGAGCUUUCAACCUACUACCAUUCAUAUGUCUCAGGAUGCGAGACCUUUUACUAGCCUGUAUCUGCAGCAUGAGUACAGAAGUAUAGUAACCAUUCAGCAGAGUGGGCCUGUCAUGCAAUGGGAGAGAGCAGCUCCCUGGUGAAAUUAUGAUGUUUUGGUUCAGCUCAUUGUAAUGUCUAAUUAAAAAAGUAAUUUUAAAUGU